GCAAGCAGAGACGCAACUUAAAAGCGGUCAACCUUGCAAGAUCUGCAAGGGCGAGUUAAGAAAGUGAGAGAGCUAUCGAUCGAGAGAUGGGCGACACAGAGAAAAAGUUGCAUUUCGUUAUGGUGCAUGGCUUCGGCCAUGGAGCCUGGUGCUGGUUCAAAAUCAGGAGUCUACUGGAAGCAUCAGACUACAAGGUUACCUGUCUUGACCUUAAAGCUUCGGGUAUCGAUCCAUCCGACCCCAAUACCAUCUUCACUUUCCAAGAGUAUAAUGAACCGCUUAUUGACCUCUUGUCCAACUUACCGGAGAAUGAAAACGUGAUAUUGGUUGGACACAGUGCGGGAGGUCUGAGCUUAACGUAUGCUAUACACAGGUUUGCUAAUAAAAUUCAUAUGGCCAUUUAUGUUGCUGCUAAUAUGCUCAGGCGUGGGUUUGUCAGCGACCAAGAUUAUAAAGAUGCAGAUCCUGAUUUAUCCAAGUAUGGCGAUAUAAAUAAGACAGUAUACGGACUGGGAGCUGAUCAACCCCCAACCAGCACCGUAAUCAAAGCGCAGUUUCAACGCAAAAUUCUUUAUCAUUUGAGCUCUAAGGAGGACUCGACUUUGGCCGCGAUGCUGCUGCGACCAGGACCUUUGAGACCAUUCCGAGGUGUUCACUUCACCGAGGGCCCUGAAUCCGGAGCUGACAGUGUGCCGCGUGUCUUUAUCAAGACAAUGCACGAUCGAGUUAUAAUGCAACACCAACAAGAUGCAAUGAUCAGAAGGUGGCCGCCGGCUCAAGUGUUUGUUGUGGAGAGUGACCACAGCCCCUUUUUCUCAACGCCCUCUCAUCUCUUUGCCUAUCUACUUGAAGCUGUGACUUCCAUCAACUGUGCUACUUAAA